AGCACUUGUCGCCCUCUAGCGUCCCACACGUAAUCAAACACGCGCCAUGAAGAGGACUGAACAGGUCAGGGCACGGCAUGAUGUCGAGCGAGAAGGGGAAGAUACGUUUCUCUUCGUGGAGCAACAGCAACAGCUGAAGCACCUGGAGAAGCGGCAUGCUUCGACAAAGUUAGCAGCUAAGGUAGCUAACGCAGCAUCCGAGACCGAGAGUCACAGCAGCGAGCACACAACCACUCCACCCAAGCAGCAGCGUUUGGAGUUCGAAAGAGAGACCCAUAGCCAGGCACAACUUGACAAAACAAUAGCACGACAUGUAGUGGAAAACAUGCUACCCAUCUCCACAGUGGAGGACCCUGCUUUCAGACAGAUCAUCAGCAAGGUGCCGUGCACAGUCCGGCUCACUGCUGUUCCCCGGCAGUCCUGCCAUUGUGGACAGGAGGGAGGAAAUCGACUAUAUCCACUACAUUCAUGUGUGAAACUUGUCCUAAUGGAGGGGAUGAGAAACUUAAGUGUGAUCCACAACCAUACACAGAUAUUUCAAGUGAGAAAUGUUCCAUCGUCAAAUCCUGUAAAAUAAUGCAUUCUCUGUUCAACCUCUAUUUACAUGUCUCAAUGACAUCAUGGCAUGGAUUGCUUUACAUUUGCUAAGAUUUAAUGACAAGAAUAUUACGGUUAUACUUUUCGGCCCACGCAGCACCUCUAAUACCCUUGAUCUCGGUUCUUUGGCCCCUUUCAUCAAACCAAUAAUGGGUAAUAACGGACAGUGACUUUAAGUUUGAAAAGCAGAUUAGCUGUGUUUCAAUUAAGUUAAAUGGCGAAGGUUAAAUCGAUUCUGCUGCGACAUGACCUUGAAAAACUCGUAAUGCUUUCAUAAUGCUACUCGACUGGAUUAGUGUAACAGUCUUUAUGUUGGGGUUAGCCAGGCUUCCAUUGCUCGCCUUCAGAUUGUUCACAAUGCUGCUGCAUGUCUUUUGAGAAGAACUCACAAACAUGAACAUAUCUGUUCCAUUCUGGCUUCCCUCCACUGUCUCAUAGUACACCACAGCAUCAAAUUAAGUUUUUAUAGUUUGUGUACAUGUGUCUAAAUGGCCUUGCUCUGCUUCCCCUGACUGCUGUCUCAGCUGUACACUCCUUCAUGCUCUAAGAUCAGCCGACCAGCUGCUUUUAGUCAUCCCUAAAACAGAGCUCAAGCUCAGGGGUGAUUGGACCUUUGCGCUAGCGUGCAGCUCCCAAGUUUAUGGGAUGGUUUGCCACAUAACAUUAGGCAGGCCUCAUCACUUGUUUUUAAGUCUGUCUUAAGGACAUUGGUUUCCGGGAGACGUACUCUCACUUUAAUCAUCACUACUACUGUCUUAAUCUUAAACUAACCCUAACUUCAUCCUAACCAUACAACAUGUUUUCACCUUAAAAUAUAAUAAUUUACAUUAUGGAGACUUGCUUUUUGCCCCCAUAAGAAAGACAAGUCCCCAUAAUGUGACUGUGUAAACAGAUGUAGGUCCCCACAAUAUGAGUAAUACCUGCAAAACACACACACACACGCACAAAUACACACAAAAUCCUGAUGGUGCAGUGCCUGCAGCUACAGAGAAGUAAGAGUGUAGAGUGGGGGUGUGUAUGUGUGUACUCACACACACACACACGCGCGCACAGAUCUUUGUGUGUGUUAGUGGGACCAGUGCCAGCGUUGGCAUGGCUGGAUGCCUGCCUGUGCGUCUCCUGAGAGGGGACCAGGGGCACAACAAAUUGGCACACUACACUCCUUAGUUCCACCUGCGUAUGUUUGUGUGGAAAACAGGGUAUUAUGUGUGUGUGUGUGUGUGUGUAUCUGUGUUAGUGUUUGCAUGUGUGUGUGUGUAAGUGCAAAUGUGCAUAUACUUUGUUAGAUGGAACCCCCUGGCUGAUAGUAGCAUCAGCUGCGGAGGUGCCCUCUUUCCUUCCUUUUCUCUCCUUCUUGAGUCCACAUGAAUUUAACUCCCAUCGUUUUGUCUCAUAUUAGGCCCUUUCAUACAUACUUGCACAUACACAUGUGCAGGUGAGCCAGCUGCUUCUGUUGUUGACAUUUUAAAAGAUAACAUUCAAGAUAUUCACUUAAUUGACAAUGUAUCCCACCAAAAAUGAAACCCUUAACCAUUUUUCCAACUGGUGGUCCAACUAAACCCUUAGCUUGUAGUUUAUAUUACAGGGCAACUGUGGUGCUUUUGUUGGAGGCUGUAGCUGAAUAUCUAGUGAGCUACAAUACGAAGUUAAGACAGGAACACCAAAUCUGAUUCAACUAAUGCAAUAGUAGAUAUCCAAACUGUGUCUGAUAAUCUAUGGAGUACACAAAUUACUCACACAUCACCUGUUAGUAAGGUCACUGUAUUGUUGAUCUGUAUAUAUUUAUGUGAUUAACCAAUAAUAAUAAAAACCAUUAAAAAGCACAUUUUGCAUUUUUGAAGGAAAGAAAGCAAAACAGCUUUAAAGAUGAUCAGUCAAGAUGAUCUUCCUGAAAGAACUGAUCCACUACUUCAUCAUCUAAAGGUGUAAAUUGAGAACGAUUUUCUUGUUUAUUUUCUGCUUGAAAUACUUGAGAUAAAAACAUGAACUUGGCCUUUAUACAACUUACAGAAAUAAAAAGGAUUUGACUAAAGGAAACGUCAUUAUCUCUAACUGAAUAAUGUCCCUGUGCCUGCACCCGCAUAUUGACACCCUUUCUCUAUUGACCCAGUAUAAAUGCACAAGAUGACUAAUGUGUGCACUUGUAUGAAGAAGAGAAAAUGUGUCCUUGUUGUAGCUAAUUGAAUUUCCUUUUUUACUUCCAUCUAGGAGGUUAUGUUGUCAUCCACGUGUGUCUGUUUGUCAGUCUGUCUCUUUUGUGAGCACCUCAACUUAAAAGUUAACCACAGCUUUGGAUGAGAUUUUCCUGGGAUAUAGGUUAUGGCCCAAGGAAGAAAUUAUCAGAUUUUGGUGGUGAUCCAGAUUCAGAAGUAGAGUGGCCUUGGCAGAGGUUUGAUUUUUUUUUUUUUUUUGAAUGCUUUCUUUUGUUUUGUUUUUUUAUUCAAACAAAAGCAGAGAAGGGGGCAGACAAAAGGGAUUUGAUCCUCAGGGCAGAAAGAGAACACAUGUGGUUGCAGACUAAGGGGGCAUAACCCCUCUCCUAUCUUUUAGCACCCAUGUCACUUACUUUUACAAUCAUUUACCAAACCUGUGCUUUGCAGAAACUGCUGAAUCGCUGAAGAAAACAAAGUAGAAAUAAUUACCUCUUUCAGCCAUGAUUGUUUGCUUUGUGUAAUACUCUGUUAUAUUAUAUUUCUUUUUGGAUCAAAUCAGCAUUGUCAGUUUUUUCAUUAUUUCAUUAUAAUUUUCUUGAUGGUGAAAGUUGGCCAAAGUGACAACUAAAUAUCCAAUUAAAGUACCUAUUUAUAGUAAGUCAGCAGAACAUAAUUUGCAUAUUGAGAUAAUAUAUAAUAUAUUUUAUAAUAGCUAGCUUUUGUGUAAACAUCACAGGUGUAGCCUUAGGGCCAGAUCAUAUUUUCCACGUCUGCGUGUCCACAGAAGUCCACUUGGGUCAUCUGCCCAUUUUUACGUUGGGGCUCAUUGACCCUAUGUGGACAAAUCUGCAGACGCCUCCUGUUUGUUUCUGUGUGGACCAUACACGCCAACUGUUCACGCUCCCUGGAGCACAAAACUUUUCAAUCCAGUUGGUGUCAAACACUUGUCCUGGUCAAAAGAGGCAACAAAGACAACAGUUACCAUGGAAACUUGCUUGAGGUUAUAUGAGGAUGCAUAUGCAGUACGCACACAUGCACAAGUUAAUACUCAAAGAAUACGAGGAAAUACGAAUGAGGGCAAUUUCCUGGUGAGAAGUCACUACUACUGCAAUGUGAUAUGAGAUUGAGCAUAGGUAUGUGUGAGAUGUUAGACUGAUGCAGACCCUUAUCAGCGGGCUUAUAUACCCGCAUGUGGAUAUGUACAGAGGCACUCUGCAGACAUGAUAAGUAUGGCCACUGUGUGACAUUCAGGAAGAUAUAUUGGUAUAAAUAGUAGUAUGUUGUAUAGGUGUAUAAUCACUUGGGAAUAAAAAUUGUUUUGGUUUUCGCAGCUUUAAGCUUAUAUGUACUUUGGGAAAGGGCCUUACCUUGCAGUCCCCUGAGGUGCUUGAGCAAGGAGAGUCCUCUAUUUGUUAUAAACAGCAGUCUCAACCCUCAGGUGUUACUAACUUGGAGGGACGGAAGAGAGGGCCCUUAAGAAUUGACAUGUUCAACUUCCUUAAAUCUUCCUUGUGAAAUCAGGAGAGAGAGAAAGAGAGCAAUACAAUACUGUGCCCUCUUUCCACCAGGCCAUCUCUCUCUCUCUCUCUCUCUCACAUAUGGAUGUGGUGGUGAAUGGAGUCUAAUUCCUUUACAGUCUGUUGAAAAGUGUCUAAGUUUGUAGAGGGUCAUUGUCAUAUUACAUAUUACAUAAUUCCUUUGACCUGUUUUUUUUUUGUUUGUUUUUUAGCAGCCACUACUUUUGUGAUUUCUUUACAGCAUACAUUUGCUUGAAUCUUGAAUAAACUUCAAAUGUAUUUAAAUUUCUGGGUAACGGCAUCAUCAUUUUCAAAGUUUUCCAUUUCUGCUUAUUCAGA